AUGAGGGCACAUCGGCUACAUUUGCUAUCACGCCUGAUUUCUGUCCAGCACCCAUCGCUUGGGGCAGGCUCAGAACUCAGGAAGAUUCUCAUUUCUACCUUUGAAAAGUCUAUGACUUUAUGGAUGGCCUGCCUGAGCCCGUGUCAUUUUGCGAGAAGCUUGCGUGGCUGCAUUCGAGCGGUAGUUCUCCCGAAGGAAAGUUUGGCUUCCAUUGUACUACGUACAACAGAGACUUGCCCCAAGACAGCACUUGGCACAACAGUUGGGAGCAAUUUUUUGCCAAUGGACUACGAAAUGUUCUUCAAGUCCGUAAAGACCGGGCAGGUCCCCAUGACGAGCUGGACUCUCUGCUCCCUGACCUCUUCGACAAGUAUUGUCAACGAAGAGACAGAAGAAGGAAUCGUGUAUGAUCCCGCCGCAUUUUGGGCUCACAAUGAGUAUGGACUGGGCAACUGGCGGCCGGCAAGGAACCAGUUCACUCGUUUGUACUUUGACGAGUACCAUUCACAUGUGCCAAAGGCUGAACCCGCCGAGGAUUACAAUGAUAGGAACGCUCUGUAUGCUCUACGAUUCGACUUGCACGCUGCGGCACUCUUCUCAACCCAGGAGGAGUAUGUUCCGAUGUAUGUAUCUUCUUCCGAAGCAACCAAGGGAAAGCCCGCUGACAGCCAUAACAGGGCCAUUGACGAAAUCACCAAAGGCACAGAGUAA